AUGGAGCGAUACCAACACUUUUGUAAAAAUACAGGAUCAACGCUCUGUGGAAAAAUCCAUACAGUGGUAUCCGGUGAUUCAUGCUGGAGUAUCGGACAAGCAAAUUCGGUAACAGUAACUCAAAUACAAUCACUGAAUCCGACCCUUGGUCAAAAUUGUGAUCUCACAGUAGGUAAAAUCCUAUUAAUUCAACCUGCUUGCUCCGUCGAAUCAACGCCCUGUGGAAAAACCUAUACAGUUAUAUCCGGUGAUUCUUGUUGGAGUAUCGGACAAGCAAAUUCGAUAACAGUAGCUCAAUUGCAAUCGCUAAAUCCUAGUCUUGGUCAAAAUUGCGAUCUAACAGUAGGCCAAAUCCUAUUAAUGCAACCUGCUUGCUCCGUCGAAUCAAUGCCCUGUGGAAAAACCUAUACAGUUAUAUCCGGAGAUUCUUGUUGGAGUAUCGGACAAGCAAAUUCGAUAACAGUGGCUCAGUUGCAAUCGUUGAAUCCGACUCUUGGUGAAAAUUGCGAUCUCACAGUGGGCCAAAUCCUAUUAAUACAAUCUGCUUGUAAUGGAUAUAGUACUGGUUGGUCAUGA